AUUCAACGCUUUAAAUUUACACCAUUUAUCUCCCCAAAACAAAAACAAAAACAAAAAAAUAAAAAGAGCCCUGUUCUUUAUUUUCUACUCAAAAAAUUUCACUCAUUUCUUUAGGGUUUCACAAGAUCCUUUUCCUCUUCUCUUUGUGCAAUACGCGGAGCAAUUGAUUUUGUUUCUUUCUGAUAAACGCUAUUUCUAGGGUUUGAUGGUGUGAAGAGUUAUUGUAAUUUUAAAUCUAUAUAGAUUUUUCUAGGAGAUCUUGAAGAAAAAACGAUGUCGGCUUCAGAUAAAGAGCUAGAAGAACAACUUGCGGAAGCUGGGAAUAAGCUUCUUCAGCCUCCUUCUUCACUUGACGAACUCAUCAUCUUGCUUGACCAAGUAGAAUCUUCCCUGUCAAAGGUGGACCAAUCACCGGCUAAAUCAAUGCAUGAUGCACUUUCUCCAUUGAUGAAGGCAUUAGUUGCAACUGACCUCCUGAGGCAUUCUGAUCUUGAUGUGAAGGUCGCAGUUGCUUCUUGUAUAAGUGAGAUAACUAGGAUUACUGCACCGGAUGCUCCAUAUGAUGAUGAGAAAAUGAAGGAUGUCUUUCAAUUAAUUGUAUCAUCCUUUGAGAAUUUACAUGACCAGUCCAGCAGAUCAUAUAAUAAGAGGGUGUUGAUCCUUGAGACAGUGGCCAAGGUCAGGUCAUGUGUUGUCAUGUUGGAUCUAGAAUGUGAUAAGCUCAUUACUGAGAUGUUUCAGCACUUCCUUAAAGCUAUAAGAGAGGAUCACCCAGAAAAUAUCUUCUCAUCCAUGGCAACUAUCAUGACUCUUGUGCUGGAAGAAAGUGAAGAGGUACCCCUUGAGUUGCUCACCCCUCUAUUGGCUAGUGUUAAAAAGGACAAUGAGGAGGUGACACCAAUUGCUAAAAGGUUGGGGGAAAAAGUAUUUGCAAACUGUGCAGAGAAGCUUAAACCUUAUUUGGCGCAAGCAGUAGAAUCAUUGCAAAUCUCUUUGGAUGGGUACAAUAAAAUUGUUACUUCAGUGUGUGAAGGGACUCUUCCAGCUGUUGAUCAUAUCAAUGACAGUGUUCCAAAGGAACAAUUGGCUGCUGAGGGCAAGUUGGCUGAUCUUCCAGAGGCUGCUCCGGCAACUCAGGGUGAUGGGAGCAAAGUGGCUACAGCAUCUUCAGAUGAGGCAGGCCAGAUGGCUGAGAGCGUAAGAGAAGAAGCACGUUCAGAAGAUAUUGACCCCACCGUGAAUAGAUCUCCCAAAUCAAUCACAAGUAAUGGCGUUAGUCAGGAGACUGUGGGAUCGGCUGCUGAAGCAGAACUCUUAGCAAAUGCUGGAGACCAUGAUGAGGUGGAUCUGCAAGAUGCUGCUAAGACACCUUCCAAAUCUGAGUCUGAUGAUUUAAGGGCUGGAAAGUCUACAAAUUCAGAAUCCAAGUCAGAACAAACUGCUAAGAAAAGAGGAAGAAGGACAAACUCUUCAAACUCAGCAGAAUCUUCUCACCAAGCUCCUGAUGAUAGUGAAAAAGAAGCUGAGAAGCUUCCAGAUCAUCAGAAUAAUCAAAACAAAAAUGACCAAAGUUCAGCUUCUGAAGAUCCAGCGGUUGAGCAGUCUAACUCUUUGGAGAAGCCGGAAACUACUCUUCAGCACUCUGCACCCAAAGAAUCUGAGGGGGAAGCUGUUAAUGUUGCUCCUUCGUCCACUGUUCUGAGCCUUCCUGAUGAGAGUGCACCGAAGAAAGGUGGUCGGCGAAAAGAGGACAGCUUAAAUCAAGAGUGUGUGUCUGAGAAGGAAUCUGAAGCUACAAGUGACUUGGAGGUUAAACAGGUGAGGCGUUCUUUGAAGAAAGCUCCUUCGGAGCCUUCUCAUAAGGAGAAUGAAGGUGGAUCGACCAGCGAUGGGGAGGCGAAAAAGCAGAAGAAAUCGGGUAAGAAGAUUGAUACCAAGAAUAAGAAUCAGGUUGGUCCAUCUGUGAGAAAUAAAGAAGAUAGCAAAAAGCGUGGACGUGGAAAAGCUAGUCCGGAGACAGCGCCUCCACAAGAGUCACCUGAUGACUCUGCUAAACAUGAAGGCCGUGAAGAGGAUAUUCCCAGGACGAGUGCAAAGAAAAAGCCUGCUUCAGGCAAGGACAGGGAGAUAGUACCUUCGCCAGAGUCUCCGGAUAACUCUGCUAAGCAUGAAAGUAAUGAAGAGGAAACACCCAGGACAAGUGCAAAGAGAAAGCAGCGUUCUUCAGGCAAGGACAAGGGAAUAGUACCUUCCCCAGAGUCUCCUGAUAACUCUGCUAAACAUGAAAGUAAUGAAGAGGAAACACCCAGGACAAGUGCAAAGAGAAAGCAGCAUUCUUCAGGCAAAGACAAGGUAAGCAAGACUGUGCAACGUGGUGAGAGCAUGGUUGGUAAAAAAAUCAAAGUUUGGUGGCCAUUGGAUGAAGAAUUUUAUGAAGGUGUUGUUGAGAAGUUUGAUUCUGCCAAAAAGAAGUACAGAGUUGUCUACACCGAUGGAGAUGUAGAAAACAUAAAUCUCACAGAGGAACGCUGGAAGUUAGUAGAAGAUGAUCCAAUGUCAGAAGGGGAACAAAUAGCAAGUGUUGAUGCAGCUUCCGAAAGGCAGAAGAAGAAAAAACCUAGAAAUGCUGAAUCAUCAGCGAAGCAUGAAAGAGUGGAGGCUUCACCUAAAAGCAAGUCAAAAGACACAGCAACAAAAUCUGGACAGAAAUCCAAGGAUGAUGGUAAGCUUAAGCACAACUUAAAAGAUGGCACCUCAAAAUCUGGCGGGAGAACUGACGGUACAACCAGCAGUAAAUCUAGGGCCCGAUCUAAAAAAAGCAGUGGCAAAUCUGUUGAUGAUACUGAAAAGCCAUCUGCUCGGUCUAAAGAUGUUAGCAGUAGUACUCCCAAAUCCAAGUCCAAGCAAGAUACCCCGUCAACGACUGCCAACAAGUCCAAGCAAGAAACAGUUACAGCUGCCGUCAAGGCCAAAAAUAAAACCCCUCAAAGUGGCGGCAAGCCCAGUGCCAAUGGCAUGGAGAAGCUAAAAUCUAGUUCGUCAAAGGUUAAGGGAAGUGGGAAUGAGAAGGAAAAAGCAACUAAUUUGGCAAAAACCCCUGAUAGCAGCUCUAAGGGAAAAUUCUCUAGUGCGUCUAAGGAACGAGAAAGUGAGCCAAAGAGUGGAAAGAAGCGUGGGAGAGGAAAGAGCUGAUUAGUUGAUGCACAUCUGUAAUAGUGGAGCUUCUCUGUUAGUGCCUAUGCUACAUUCUUGGACCUGUUACAGCUCACCGAAGAGACUAUAGAGCCCAAGUAUGACUUGUAUGCUAUUUGCUGUCUGGCACACAAUCUGGAGUCACAGCUUGCAAAUGUGUCUUAGGUUCUUAGUUAUGUUGGUACUAGGUUUCUGCGUAGUCUGUCAGUAAAGCAUAUUGGUAGCUGUAAUUGGUUAGUUUUUAUCAUUUUGGUUGCUAGUUGUAUUCACCCCUGUUAUUUUUAACCCUGUAGCUUAGGAAUUAGAUACCCUGUUGGUGAGAAGUUUAUGGAUGUGUAAGCUGGAUGAUAAAUUACUACUUUUUGUCCUUGCAGCUGGUAAUCCAAAUCGGGCUUUAAUAUGA